AUGACACAAAACGACAGUAGUUUGAACAAAAACACUCAGCCAUCCAAAAAUCAAAACUUAAAACGACAGUUAGAUUCAAACGAUGCGAUCGACCAAAAAUUUGAACAAUUUUUUGAAAUUGAGGACAGAUUGGGUUCCAAACUGACCCAAAUAGAAAAAGUCAUGGAAGUGACUCUCACAAUGCAUGCACGUAUGCAAGAUAGCAUGAAAAUGUGGUUGGAUCAGCGAGAAAAAGAUUUGAAGGCUGAAGCCAACCGUUUACAGGCGGCAAAUAAGACGCAUUCCGCCUCUGAUCAAACGACUGUGCCAUCUGUCCAAUUCACGAACUCCGGCAAAACGAAAUUUGUUAACGAGCGUUGCUACGAGUGCGACGAAUUUGGACAUAUGAAGAACGAGUGUCCUUUGAAACGACAGGGUCUUAAAAAAUGUUAUGAGUGUCAGCAAUUCACCACUCAUAAGGCCUUCAUGUGUCCUCAACGACUGGCACGACAGGGACGAGGAAAUGGACAAAGUAGAGGCAGAGGUCGCGGAAUCACAGUUGAAUCCAGUGAUAGCGAUUGAUUCUUCGAGAUUUGACGACAGAUGUACCAUGCGACGAGAGAGGAUAUAUAUAUAUAUAUUUCUAAUAAUACUCAGAGGACUGAUUUUUCUAUAAGACGAUCAACCGAUUUAUCUAUAAGAAGACAUACUGUGAGAACCAAUGUGCCAAUGAAAACUCCGGUUGUGAUUUGACAAAGUCUAAUUUUAAGUUAAUUUUGAUUUUUAUUUUUUAAGGAACAAUCGUUCUAAAGUAUCUCAGAAAGUAUUAAAACUUUUAUUUGAUUUUUAUUUUUUAGGGAACAAUCGUUCUAAAGUUCCUGAGAAAGUAUUAAAACUUUUAUUUGAUUUUUAAGGGGUUACGCCACCCUGAACGCAUGAAAAUCGGAUGGUUUUUUAGGAAUUUUUUUGAUAAAACUGUUUCAGGUAGGACUUCUUUACAUUUAUUGAUGCUUUAGUACAUAUAUUGAGCUUUAUAAAUAUUUAAAAAAAAAUUGUUUUUAAUUAAAAAUGGCGGAGAUAUAACUAUUGGCGUGGAUCAAUUUUUCCGGAGCACUCCUUGAUGGUGUACAUGAUUGGCAGUUCAAUUUUUGUCAGAAACAAGUAAAACAAUAUUUUUCUUAAAAAGUGAUAAAUUUUGAACAGAGUGACGAAGCCAUUUUGAAAAAAAAAAUUUUUUACGCAAAUGGAAGCACUUCAAAAAUUGACAUUUUUUUUUUGGCUAAAAUUACCGUAUAAAAAAUUGGAUAAAAAAUUUUCAAAUUAUUCAAUCAAAAAAAUCCCACGUCACUCUGUGGAAAAUCUAUUUAGGAAGAUGUAUAUUAAUUUUCAAGUCAAUCGAUUGAAUAGUUUUUGAGUUAUCGUGUACACCGUCUCGAAAAUUGUGGUUUCGAGAACAACGCAAAAGAAGAAAAAAAUGAACUUUAGUGUAUUAUAACUUGAAAAUUUUUCAAUUUACUAUUUAAUCAGCAAUUCCUGGGCCAUAAUUUUUUUUAUUUAAGAAUGGAAGGGAUACAAUGAAAAGGACCCUUCCUAAAUCAUGAAAGGGCCCCCUAGACCAUUCGAAAAUAGAAAGUCGCUGCUUCCAGCAGCUCUCGGCGCGUCCCCACCGCGCUGACUUCUAAUGACCAUAACUUUUGUAAUUAGUGAGACAUUGUCUUCGGCGACAUCUCAAAAUAUUCGUUAGAAUAUAAACUUUGAAAUUAAGCAAAAAAAAAAAAUAAAUUUUUUUGAAAAUUUCAGGGUGGCGUAACCCCUUAAUAUAUGUUGUUCAAACUACGAAUAGUAAGUGUCAGAAAUGUUCUUCAUGACAAUUAGAUUUAAGUUAUCUUAUACCUUUUAUUCUUGUUCUUAAACGAAUGUUGAUAAUGGCGACUGUAAUGUGAUUUUAAUUUGUAAGUUAUUUGUGAUGUAACUUAAGUAGAAAAGAUUCAAUCUCGGGAGGGAGUGUUGAAAUAUUGUAUUUACGCGCCGUAUGAUUUCUCGAUUGACUCUAGUAGUCCACAUACGUCACGACUGUAUGCGUGCGCCUUUCUUCCUCGCUUGCUUGGCGCUCUCCCUAUACUUUCACCUUUCGUGUGAUAACCGCGUCCCGUGUACAUCGUCUCCAAUAAACGACCUUUCUUU